AUGUCGAGUGUAUCCUUUUCACAGGACUCGGGGCAGCGCCUGCAAUCCCCUCCACUCAGGGCAUCUACCUAUCACCAAGACCCUUUAAUUUAUAUUGACCGUCAAGCAAAACACCUCGAACGUAAUCUCCAGGCUCUCAUCGACGCCCAGAGCGAAGGUCUUCUAGCUGGUCUCAAGGGGCCAGGAGAAGAUAGCUCUCUGUCCGGCGACAGUCACGCUCCCAGCUCGGGGCUUAACAACGCUGAAGGCCCUUCAACCGUCCCAGUCAGACAGCCCGUCGCAAAGAAGAUCGGCCUACGAGCAGCGCGGGAGGGAAUCUUCCGAUCGAUCUCCGAUUUACUGAAACUUCGAGAGGAGGAGCAAGAUGUACUCACCUCUCAUGUGGGUGAACGCCAAGAUGCCCUAAAACAGAUCGAUGCGUUUGAUACCAAGCGAGACGGGCUGGAGGAGGCGAUAUCUACAAUACAUAAUGAUCGGGAAGGCCAACGCUCUAGGGAGCUGCGCGACGAAAGCCACCAGCUUGAGACGGACAUCCAUGAGAUGGAGACACGGUUGUCCCAGAUGAAAGCGAGGCAGAGGCAGGUUACUCACGAAUUAUCACAACUAGAGAACACAGUGGAUUCCAAGUUAUCCUCUUACCAAGCGUCCUUGUCCCUACUGGAAUCGGACAUCCGCAGAUUCCUCCAGCACCCUCCGAUCCAGCCCCAACCGACCAACAAUGACCGCCCAACAUUCUACUCACUGAACCACAAGCGUCGGACUCUCCAAAUGGCCCAAGAACACUGGAAAGCGGAGGAAACCAGAUUUCAAAAGCGACAACGUGAAGUCGACGCCGAGAUAGAGGCACUUGAAGAGGGUGGUGGCUUGUGGAAGCGUGUUGUCAAAGAGGUCACAGGGUUUGAAAAACGACUCAAGGCCGCAAUGCGACGCUCCAUUCAGAGACAAUCGCAGCUCCUGACACCCGAUGGACCUUCUGGGAGCAAAUCCGAAGAUGAGCAGGCGCGGAGUAUCUUGGAUGAUUUGAGCAAUACAACGGGUCAUGUGGAACAGUACCUGGAACUGGCCGAGGAAAAGGAUUGGAGACUGCUUGUUUGCUGCAUCGGUGCUGAACUUGAAGCGCUACGGGAGGCCCGGGAAAUGCUGCUCGGCGUUUUCAACGUAUCUGAAGAAGAUCUGUGCAAUUGGCAUCAUGACGAUGAUAACGACUCCAAAGCUGACCCUCUUGGUGUCGAUAACCCUGAACCUCCCGCCGAUUUACUGAGGGAUACAGAGGACCAUUCACACGAUGCCGUCUCUAGGUCCGGGGAUGAUGAAGAUCCGGAUCCUGCCUGGCUUCUUCCCGAGUCCUAG